UAGAACGUCACCUUUGUCUAAAGGGCACCAGGAUUAGCCGCAUAACCGUCCCUUUAAUCUGCUCUUUCUUUUCCUUUCCUAGCAAUAGUAGGCAGAGAAAAAAAGAAAAAUGCACCUGCACUUUGGCCCUAAGGGGCUUAUCCUGCUCUAGUGUCACCUUAACUACCAGCGCUGGGUAAGACUAUCCCCUGGGGUCCCAUGUGGAAGUGUUUACUGCUCUGGGUGCACUGGAAGCGAUCUCUCCAUUAAUACGAUUAUCCCGAGAUGGAAAGGCUUUUUAUUCCUUGAGCAGAAUAAUCUUGGCUCGUUUGGAUCAGAGGUGGCUGCUUGCUGGGUGGCACAUCCAUCUUUUGGGGUGUUUGCCCACCUAUUGCUAUAAAGCUGAACAGUACCCCCGUCAUGUUUGGAGACCUGGCAGAAAGCUCCGAUGUAUGUGGGCUGUCGCUUUAAGUCGGAGCGGGGAAGCAGUUAGGCAGUUAAUUGCAUUGAUCACAUACUGAUAGAUGUCACCUAUAUACCACAAGUCAUCUGAAGAACUGACGGCAUCUGCCAGAAAUAAACCAGGGUGGGGACUUUCCUUUUUUCUUUUCUCAUUUUGUGCCACCAUCCUACAGGGGGAGGAUUUGAAUUUUAAUUCCAGUUCUGCUGUACUUGAUCCGGUUGCUGCAAGCCUUCAGUAAAAGCCCUGGCUGCUUUAUUUCAGCAGGCUUGGGGGUGGCUAAGAGUUUGUCAAACCACGGCAGUCGUUGGCCCAACUUCAACCACAGAUUGGCUCCUGCCCAGGAAGCCGGGCUGAAAGACGGGUUUGUUUGAGUGACCCAGGCUCCUGGCUGAGCUCUGCCCUCUUCUUACUUUCCUAACGGAGCACAGAGUCCAUAUCAUCUGCUGCCAGGGUUUCCGUCUGUGCAUUUGUCUGCAGGACAGGGACUCUCGGUGGAAUGGCUUCUGUGUUCAUGUGCGGAGUGGAGGACUUGGUGUGUAACGGCAGUCGCUUCAUAUGGAAUGUGACCGCAUCUGCACUCAGGAGGUGGUAUUCUCACAGAUCCAGGACUUGCCUGCUGAUGCUCAGAACAUGGUGUGGGUUACAGGAGGUGUACCAGAUGGCGGAGGGCCGGCACUGCAAGGUUCACCUCUUAGACGACCGGGAGCUGGAGUUGCUGGUUCAGCCCAAACUCUUAUCCCGGGAACUGCUUGAUCUGGUGGCCUCGCACUUUAGCCUGAAGGAGAAGGAAUAUUUUGGAAUUUCAUUCCUGGAUGACACGGGUCAGUGUGCCUGGUUGCAGUUGGAUCAGCGAGUUCUGGAUCAUGAUUUUCCAAAGAAAUCCGGCCCUGUGUUGCUUUAUUUCGUUGUAAGGUUUUAUAUAGAAAGCAUAACAUUCCUUAAGGAUAUUACAACCGUGGAACUGUUUUUCCUGAAUGCCAAGGCCUGUGUGUUCAAGGGCGAGAUCGAAGUUUACAGUGAGACCAUAUUUAAGUUGGCUGCGCUCAUUUUACAGGAGGCCAGAGGAGACUACAGCAGUGAUGAAAAUGCAAGAAAAGAUCUGAAGAUUCUGCCAGCGCUGCCCACCCGAACCUUACAGGAGCACCCGUCCCUUUCCUAUUGUGAGGACCGGGUGAUUGAGCACUGUAAGAAGCUCAAAGGUGUCACCAGAGGACAGGCCAUUGUCCGGUAUAUGAAAAUAGUGGAGGCGCUUCCGACAUAUGGAGUUCAUUACUACAAAGUAAAGGACAAGCAAGGAAUCCCCUGGUGGCUGGGAAUUAGCUACAAAGGAAUCGGCCAGUACGAUAUUCAGGAUAAAAUCAAACCCAGAAAGUUAUUUCAGUGGAAGCAGCUGGAAAACCUGUACUUCAGAGAGAAGAAAUUCGCAGUGGAAGUGAACGAUCCCCGCAGAAUCUCCGCGUCAAGAAGAUCCUUCGGGCAGAGCAGCCUCGUCAUUCAGACCUGGUAUGCGAACAACUCCCUCAUCAAAUCCAUAUGGGUGAUGGCAAUUAGUCAGCACCAGUUCUACUUGGACAGAAAGCAGAGCAAGGCAAAAAUCCCAAGUGCAAGGAGUCUGGACGAUAUCGCCAUGGACCUGACCGAAGGCGGGACUACUAAAGUGGCCAGAAUAGUCGAAGGAAAAAAUCCACUAAUCAUGACAAGUAGCGGCAGCCUGAUCUCUUCAGGUUCCCAAGAUUCUGAAAUCACAGAAGAUCAGCGAAUGGAGAAAAUUCAGGAGCUAAAGAAGAAAGAGGAGGCGCUGCAGAACAUCCUGCUGAAAAAGAUUGAAGAGUUAAAGAAAAUAUGCCUGCGAGAAGCUGAGCUGACCGGAAAGCUUCCUACUGAAUAUCCUCUGAUUCCCGGGGAGAAGGCCCCCAAUGUCCGAAGGCGAAUGGGAACAACUUUUAAAUUUAAUGAAAAUAUUCUUCACUCAGAUGAAGAUCCCGCCUUACAAGAGCUGGAACACAAAUUCCUCAUUCAGCAACAACUGGUCGAAGCCACCAAGAGACUGGCCUCUGAGCCAGAUCUGAGCAAAAAUGUGAAAAGGAAAAGGAAGCAGGACUAUAGCGACUCCAUCAAGAAACUUCAAGAAUUUGAAAGUACCAUCAACGAAUUCAGAGUCAAGAGUGGGAAAACACCCACCAAGAGGGCAUCUAUGAUCCUACAAGACGAUAUUAUCCCAUCUGAAACCAGCUCCUUGUCCGAUACGACGACAUUCGAGGAUGAUGAAUCACAGUUUCCCCAAGGUCAGAGGCUGCAUAACUCGCCCACGGUGCACCUCACCAAGUCCAUAGGAGCAGACAGAGGCCUUCACAGGAAGAUUUCCCUCAACGAGCAGUUUUCGGAGAUGCGGGUGACGAGAGAACUGUCUUCAACACACAGCAGCCCGUAUAAAACCAAGGAGAGGAAGCCUCACGGAGGGAGAAGCAUGCCUUCCACACCUGUACUAACUCGCAAUGCCUUCAGCAGCAGCCACCUCCAGAACGAGGGAACGCCUCAAUACAACAGGCAGCGCCGGGGCAGCUUGGAAUCUCAUACUCCGAUCCUUACGGACACCGUGGAUGGAACUCCCUCCUUCUCCAUCUCAAAGAGUCAGCGGAGCAACAGCACGGAGGUGUUAGACGACGGUUCCUCCUGCACCAGCCAGUCAAGCUCGGAAUAUUAUUCAACUCCCCCCAAACACAACCCCUGUUACACUACUCAGACCCUGGACAACAGCUCUAGAGACAGACGGAGGCACAAGAGACAGAACUUCUCCACUGCCAAUUCAGGGAGCAUGCCCAACCUAGCAAACCGGGACGCCAGAAACAGCAUGUACCAAACAGCCCAGAACCAGCCUACGUCCAGCUACUUUAUUUCUGGAUAUUCCCCCUACCCAGAAACAGACCCCUACUACAAUGGAGGGUACAUUUAUGAGAACAAUUCAGAGGGGCAGUACAGUGUGAAUCCCACCUACCGCUCAUCCAAUCACUAUGGCUAUGAGCAGUAUAGGGACGUUCGAUAUGAUGGAGACCAGUACAUACCCUCUCAGAACCCCUAUGCAACGCUCAGGCACCCGAGGAAAAACCCGGUUGCAAAGACAACAGAGCAGAUUGCUAAAAACAUCAAAAAGGCCAUUGUGGGUGAACAUCUGAGGGGCUGGUACCAGAGAGCCUCCUAUCAGAAGGACAUUGGCCACGGACUGCAGGGCAUCAUAGAAGGAGAUCGGGGAUCACAGCGGAGUUUAUGUUUUGCCUCAAUGCAUGUCCCUUCCUCUCCCAGCACCCACGCUCCAUCCUGCUCUUCAGUAUCAUCUUCAAGCACACUGGGAAACCGCCGGGUGCAAAAUAACACGUUGGUGUAUUCAGACUUUAACACUGGAUCUGCCGCCCCUUACCCUGGAUACUCCAUGGCGUACAGCACCACAAGCAGAACGUACUAUGCUUACCCCGCUCAGAUGGAUGAAGCUGAUAUUGUCCCACUGAAUGAAGAUAUUCUUCCAAUUGACAAAGAGCUGAUGUGGCAUGAGGACUCCAAGCCAGGGACAUUGGUUUAAACCCAACAAACUUUAUAUGGAGGCUUUUUUCAGCCCUUGCACCUCCCGUGCCUUGAACACCCAGCCCUUUCCCAGAGCCACCGAUGCCUCCAAGACUGAGUUUGGUAUCUGAAAGGUCCAAAGUUGUUGGGCGACACCAACUGAAAAGAUCUGACAAGAUGAGGCAAGAGACGACAGCACUUGGAACUGUAGAUAGGAAGCACUUUGUGACGACUGGAUAAUGGCUGGGGAAGGCUUAUCUUCAAAAUGUGAAAUUGGACCUCUUGCAAGAGUUUCCAGGAGUGAGUCCCAGGAACAGACAUUUAUAAGGAGAAUACGAGAUCAUUAUGGAUGAGUGAUGGGAUUGGAAAGCUAUUGGCUAUUCAGAUGAAGGAUACAAAGCACGAUCAGUACGGGAAAUGUGUUUAAUAUAUAGAUUCUUUUUUUUUAAGCUUCAUUUAGUUGCUUCCAAGACAUUGUAAAUAUGGGAUAUGUACAUAUUUUGGCACUGGCUGUUUUUUGGGUUUUUUUUUUUUUUUUUAUCUCCCAACACAUUUUAAAUUUUGUAUGACUUUCCUUCCACUGCUCCCCUUCUGUAUGGAUAUUCAGUGGUACAGCUUGGUUUUAUAUAAUAUCACAACCACUUUUAUAUGGAAUUUGUUAAAAAAUCUGCUGGUCAGGUAUCAAACUUCUCAUAUUAUUUACAAUAAAACGGUUCUUGCAUUGGUA